AUGCCAAGAGGAUCCAAACCCCGGGCUCCAGAUCUAAUUAAAAUUUUCUCCCCAAACCCCAACCGGAAGCAUCCUGGAAAACCACAACAAAAGGACGAUCCGUUCUGGAGUAGGCCUAAAAGAAGCAGAAGCAGCAUCCUCGUUGGUCGUCGUCAAGGACCCAGUUGGCCAAAUCGGGCUCGUUUCACGCCCGAGCAAAACUGGACAUUGGGAUUCUAUGUGGUUUUCAAUUUCGGUUACCGCAUUCCCGUUCAUCCUUUUCCUCCGUUUGAAUCUAAAAGAAGGGAACCCAUCGCCUAUAUUUUGGGACUGAUUGAAAUGGAUAGAAAAGAGACCAUCAACCGCAACCGGAGCGUUUGGCCUCACCCGCAAUUCCGUUUCAACUUCCAUCAGGCACACAAGGGAAGUGCACAGAUCCGGAUUGUAACACGUAUCAUCAUGAGCACCACCGAGAAGAAACUCCUCAAAAAGGAACUGAAGCGGAAGAACCUACUAGAUGCCAUCAAUCGUGUUGAGGACUUCCUGAAGCGUUACGAUGAAAACCGAGAUAUUCACGAGGUUAAACUACGUCUGGACAAGUUGGACAAACUCAUGGAAACCUUCGAGGAAAUUCAAGGCGAAUACACAUGUCGUAUUUGUCGAAAGCGACACCAUUCACUAUUGCACCCCGGAUUCGAAUCACCUGGAACACCGAACACAAAUAGCAGCAUCCAAUCUCCUCCAACUUCUAGUGGCCAAACUGCAACAGUAUCCCUGAACUCGGUCGGAAUUUCCCAAGCAGCAGACGUUCUCUUAUCCACGGUGGUAGUUCACGUACUAGAUGGAAAUGGCGAUUUGCACUUUGCGCGCGCGCUUUUGGAUUCGGGCUCCCAAUGUAAUAUUAUGAGUGAACAACUGAGCAACAAACUUCGGUUACCCAAAACCCCCAUCGAUAGCCCCAUAUUCGGUGUCGUUUUACGCAAUCUAACAUCUCAUCUCCCAUCCACCACUACUCCGAAGACCUCGUGGAAGAUCCCAAACAAUGUUGAUCUCGCAGAUCCCAACUUCAAUGUAAGGCAGAAGGUCGAUUUGGUUAUCGGAGCCGAAUAUUUUUACUCGUUCCUGAAAGGUGGCCGGAUUGAACUCGGAAGUCCAUCCGCGGUGUUAGUAGAGACUGUAUUUGGUUGGUUAGUCUCAGGAAAAUCGACAUCGCAAGAAGAAAAUCCCAAUAUUACAUGCCACAUUUCAACCCUCGAAUCUAUUGAUCAGACCCUCCAACAAUUUUGGAAAAUUGAAAGUCUGGAUUCAGUAAUUUUGUCUCCAGCUCAACAAUACUGUGAAAAAUUCUACAGCGACACGGUUACCAGAAAUGAUUCGGGACGCUAUGUCGUUAAAUAUCCCAAAAAGGAAGGCAUUUCUAAAAUGUUAGGCAAUUCAUUUGGAAAUGCUACUCGUCGUUUUUUGAACCUUGAAAGAAAACUUGAUCGGAAUGUUGACCUCAAACUUAAAUACCACACAUUUCUGAAGGAAUUUCUGCAUUUGGGCCACAUGCGCAAAUUAGAGUCUGACGAUGUUGAUCCACCAACUACUUUCUAUCUUCCGCAUCACGCUGUAAUGAAAGAAUCAAGUACGACGACAAAACUUCGCUGCGUAUUUGAUGCUUCAGCUAAGACAAACACAGGGUUUUCUCUAAAUGAUACGCUCUUGGUUGGACCUGUGCUCCAAGACGAGCUCAUUUGCCUACUAAUUCGAUUUCGGAAACACAAGAUUGCCCUUCUCGCUGAUAUUGAGAAGAUGUAUCGGCAGAUUGAUAUCCACCCCGAAGACCGAGCUCUCCAAAGAAUCGUGUGGCGUUUUGAUAAACAAGAACCCAUAUCCAAAUUUGAGUUGACCACUGUUACAUAUGGUCUAGCCCCAUCUUCCUUCCUUGCCACCCGGACUCUCAAGCAACUCGCAGACGACGAAGGCCACUCAUUUCCACUUGCUGCUCGAGCCCUCGUUGAAGACAUGUAUAUGGACGAUUUCAUCAGUGGGGCAGCGACCGACACACAGGCCAAACAGCUGCGUAUAGAAAUGGAUGAAUCAAUCGGACCUAAUGGAGAGGUGAAAGUUUCGUUACUAGCAGCUAAAUCUAGGGUAGCUCCUCUUCAGAAAAGAAGUAUCCCCCGACUCGAGCUAUGUGCUGCAUACGAUGCUGCUAAACUACACAAGAAAGUUCACGAUGCCCUUAAACUAAAUAUUUCCUCGUCAAGAUUCUGGUCCGAUUCGAUGGUUGUCCUCCACUGGAUUAGAUCUCCCGCUAGCAAUUGGAAAACGUUUAUUGCUAACCGAGUAGCAGAAAUCCAACAACUCUCCCAUGGCUCGAAUUGGUAUCACGUUCCUGGUUCAAGUAAUCCUGCAGAUUUGGUGUCCCGAGGAGUUUCGGUCGAUCAACUUUUAACAAGCGAUCUUUGGACAAAGGGACCGUCCUGGUUGCAGCAGGGAGAAGAAAACUGGCCAUCACAAAGUUUCUCCAUGCCCGACUUGUCCGAUCAACUUCUAGAACGAAAACUGACUACUCUGGUUGCCCAAGCUUCACCACCACCUAGCCCAAUAAUUACCCGAUUUUCCUCUUAUCAUCGCAUGGUCCGAGUUAUUGCUUAUUGUUUCCGAUUUGCCCAACUCACCAGAGAGAAAACCCGAUCCGAAUCAUUAUCAUUAUUUGUGCAAGAGUUGGAGAGGGCCAAAUUUGCACUGAUAGCAAUUGUACAACAUGAGUGUUACGAUGAAGAGAUACGCCGUCUGAAAAAGGGAGAAUUUGUAUCCAAUAAAUCCAGCCUCAAGUUACUCAACCCAUUCCUCGACCCUUCUGGCAUUGUUCGAGUGGGUGGCCGGCUCAAGAACUCUCGAGAACCGUUCGAGAAAAAACACCCCAUACUUCUACCUGGUUUCCACCACUUCAGCCGGUUACUGAUAAUGAGUUAUCAUCGAAGAUUAGUCCACGGAGGGAUCUCACUCACAUUGGCCACAAUUCGAUCUGAGUAUUGGCCGAUAAAUGGAAGGAGAGCAGUAAGGAGUGUUCUAAGAUCUUGUUUUCGAUGCGCCCGCGUCGAUCCCCAACCAAUAAACCAACCCGUUGGUCAAUUACCAUCCCCUCGCAUUACCCCUGGUCGUCCGUUUCUCGCUGCUGGUAUUGACUACUGUGGACCAGUCUUUAUCAAAUCUCCAAACCGUCGAGCUGGUCCAACAAAAGGCUACGUAGCUUUAUUCGUAUGUUUCCGCACCAAGGCGGUGCAUAUAGAAUUAGUGGGAAACUUAACCACCGACGCAUUUUUGGCAGCCUUACGCAGAUUUAUGUCUCGUCGUGGUUAUCCUCAGCACAUUUACUCUGAUAAUGCGACGAAUUUCUGUGGAGCAAAAUCCGAAUUAAAUGCUUUAUUUAAAAUGUUCCACAACCGUGCUGACGUCGAAAACAUUCAAAGUAGUCUCGCUGCAGUUAGGAUUGUUUGGCAUUUGAUACCGCCCAGAGCUCCCAACUUUGGCGGACUUUGGGAGGCUGCGGUUAAGGUCGCCAAGAAACACCUUCUACGACAAGUGGGCAGCUCUUCGCUCUAUUACGAAGACCUGGUAACGACGCUGGCUCAGAUAGAGGCAUGUAUGAAUUCCCGACCACUGUGCCCUCUAUCUGAUGAUCCGAACGAUUUUGAGGCUUUGACACCAGGACAUUUCCUGAUAGGAGCUCCAAUGAUGACUCUGCCUGAUCCUGACUACAAGGAGGUUCCUAUAAAUCGACUUGGGAGGUACGAACUGAUCCAACAAAGGACUCAACACUUCUGGAAUCGUUGGACCAACGAAUAUCUGGUGGAAUUGCAUCGCUACACGACUACGGACCCGAAAAAGGUUACCCUGAAGGUUGGUCAAAUAGUUAUUCUUCGUGACCAAUUGCUGCCGCCUGUACGAUGGCCGUUGGCCCGCAUCGAAACACUUCAUCCUGGAGAAGACGGAAUCACGCGAGUUGUGACGAUUCGCACUGCAGCUGGAAACUUCAAGCGUUCGGUAGCCAUGAUAUGUCCGCUACCAUUCGAAGAAGAGUUUUCAUCGAGCGACGAUGCAACCGACUUCAAGGAUAAAAUUGAUGAAUGA